UGCGGUGAGUCAUCUGACAGCUGUUCGGGAAUACAUGCACUUGUUGAAUCAGGUCCCAUUCAGGCGGUGGGCAGAGGUUUUGCGUUAAGUUAUAUGACAUCCUAACGAACCCAUUGUAAAUAAAAAAUACACUAAAGAGCCGACUGGAUUAAAUCGAUUUUAUUUUAACCACAUCACUGCAAGCUGCUUUGCCAGGACAGGUGUUUUGAUGUCUGCACUGCGAUUGUCUCUCUUGCCAUGUCUGCGUACUGUCCUGAGCUGCGGGGUUCUCAUGCUAGCGUCUCUGACAGACUUAACCUCAGGCAGGAACUGCUCCUACCCGAUCAUGGAAGAGCAUGUAGGUUUCCGCUGUGAACCCUCUCCCUGUCGUGGUUUUCCUCAAAAGAGCAUCAUUCGCUUCUUCUGCGAGCCCGGCUACACUCUUCCCAAACAGCACCAUUGGUCAAAGUGUGAACGUGGGAAAUGGCAUCCGAAAGUGCCCACCUGUGUACCCCGAUCAGAGAUUCCUGAAAAAAUGGACUCAAUCCCAAGUGUGGCUACAACUGCAAUUGGAGUGUCCAUCUUCCUCUUCACAACAACAGCCUGUUUGGUCAUCAAAUCCCGUCUACUCUCCUGCCGAACGCAACGGCGUUCCUCAGACCAGUUGGACCUUGUGGUGGAUGGUUUACCUGUAUCUCUUCCCACAUAUGAGGAGGCAAUCUACAGCAGUUGGGGCCAGCGACUCCCGUCGUUCCAUGGACCCACUCGGCUCCUAUUGGCCCAGGACGCAUCAGAACACAGUCCGCUGACUUCGCUCAUACAGUCCGAUUCGAAUCGUUGCCCCGUAGCGGUUAAUCAGAGCACAGAGAAUCCGCCGCCACCUUAUGAAGAGGUCCAAUCAAGAUCCAGAGACACUGGGAACGACAGUGUCGAACGGGCAUCUGAUGAUAAAAACAACUAAUUACUGGACUAUAAAUGAACUCACCUUUAGCUUUGUGAUUGUUCAUUUCAUUGCACUGGAGUCCUUGUGACUUUUCUUUCCACCUUUGAUUGUGGAUUCAUCCUUUUGUGGCUUUCAACGACCUAAUUGGUCUGAUAUAUUUUGUGUUUCUAGGUGACCUGCUGCAAUAUAGAUUUAUCAAUGUUUUCACUGAAAAGCUGAAGACGUGGCUAUCAUCUCCCCUCCAUGAGGAGAAACAAGGUGUUUAAGAGGACUUUAUGAUUGAUUAAUGACUUUUAGUAUUGCAGCUGUAUUUGUGAGGAUGAGAUGCUGUGUAGUGAACUUUUUAGGGGUGAUGAUUCCUUUGACCUUUCACCUCAUUUCUGUGUUUCUUAGAGCAUUUGGAUUUCUUGAAUGUCAUAGCCAGACUGAGAUUUUGCCUGCUGACUGAUGGAUUGUAUUAUAUAUGUAUAAUUAUUAUUUUUUUUGAUUCCUUACACCUGAAAAGAUCUCUGUUAAAUAUUGCGUAAACAUGUAGAAUAGGGGAACUGACUUGAAGUAUGCUUGCUGAAUGGACAUUGAAUGUUUAUAUUUUUCAGUUAUUUUAUGAUAUGUAACAUUUACAUCUUGUAAAUAAUCCUGCACAAAUAGUGUAUGUAAAAUUAAUAAUUGUACAUUUUUAAAACUUUAUGAAUGGAAUGUUUGCUAUUAAAAAUUAUUUUAAAUUUU